AUGCAAAAUUUCGAUGGGAUUUCUAAAAACUCUUGCUUUUUCGCAUUAAUUUUUAUCUUAGAUAGGAGAGCAACGGCCUGCAAAGAUCUUGCGCCACCGAACAAACCAUCAGAAUGUCCUUCACUUGUUCACCUCUGCAACGAUCCGGUGUAUUAUGAACUUAUGACAAAGCAGUGUCCGAAGACGUGCCGUCGCUGUUGGGAUGGGCUAAUCCCAAAAUGCGCUGAUUUGUCGGAACCGGGCCUGGAUUCGCCAUGUCCUACGCUUCGAUACCUUUGCAAUGACUCUCUCUACUACGAUCUGAUGACCGAACAGUGCCCGAAAACAUGUGGGCGAUGCUACCCAUGUAAGUACUAAAU